AGAUUGUUGCGAUAAAGCCACGUUCUGGAGGCGUCGGAAAGAGCACCCAAGGGCCAAAGCACCCAUAAGCCUCAAGUCGCUUUCCCACCAGUCGCUUCUCUCCAUACCAAACUCCGUGUUCCUCCACCAUUCCACUCAAAGCCGCCGCUGCUGCUGCUGCCACCCACCAUCCACACGUCACAGAAACAAUAUUCCUCUGCAACAAGCGAUAUGCACGAAUUAUAACCUACACCUUUCCGUCAGGAUGUCUUAGAGAGCCUGUGAAUGCCUUUUACUACGUCAGGCCAUGCAGCUACAGUAUUACAACCCUCACAGCCGUCCAAGAUGGAAAGCCGAGGCUCCUCGAGACUGCUCGAGGAAUCACUCCCUCCAUCAUCGCCAAAGCAGAGCCUCUUCUCCACGGGUGACUCUGCGGUGACCACGCAAACCGCUCCGACUGGCGAGAGGAAGUGGGUGGACAAGAGAAGUCUGGAUUAUAUUCUGCGUAGCGGUCUUGCGGGUGGAUUGGCAGGAUGUGCUGCCAAAACCGUUGUCGGACCGCUAGAUCGAGUCAAGAUCCUGUUUCAAGCCUCGAAUCCACAGUUUGCAAAGUAUACUGGAAGUUGGCUGGGAGUGUUUACUGCGAUGCGGGACAUAAAUAAAACAAACGGCAUCCGAGGGUUAUAUCGUGGGCAUUCAGCUACUCUACUCAGAGUCUUUCCCUAUGCUGGCAUAAAAUUCCUCGCUUAUGAGCAGAUCAGAGCCCGUGUGAUCCAUGACAAAUCGCAAGAAACAUCAGUUCGACGAUUCUUGUCAGGGUCACUGGCGGGCAUCACGUCGGUCUUCUUCACCUACCCCCUCGAAGUUAUCCGUGUCCGAUUAGCGUUCGAGACGAAGCGAGAUUCACAUUCAUCCUUAUCCCGAAUAUGUCAGCAGAUCUAUCACGAACAGGCCCCUCAGCCUCAAACUCUGGCCGGGCAGAGCCCUGUCGCGGUUGUGUCGAAUGUCGUGCACCAGGCAGCCCCAAAAUCGGGUCUUGCCAAUUUCUAUCGUGGCUUUUCACCGACCCUGCUCGGAAUGCUGCCAUAUGCAGGCAUGUCCUUCUUGACGCACGACACCAUUGGAGAUUUGUUUCGACAUCCGUCUUUAGCACCAUACACUGUCUUACGAUCCACCGCGACAACUCCUACACCGUCACAUAGCGGCUCCGACAACAUGGUCAGCCACCGAAGCCAGCUGACUGCUCCGGCCGAACUCACAUCUGGUGCUCUGGCUGGCUUAGUAUCUCAGACAGCGUCUUACCCUCUUGAAGUGAUCAGACGGAGGAUGCAGGUAGGCGGUGCGGUCGGUGAUGGUCAUAGAUUGACCAUCACGGAGACAGCACGUCGAAUAUUCGUAGAGAGGGGUUGGAGAGGCUUUUUUGUUGGUCUCACCAUCGGAUAUCUCAAGGUUGUCCCUAUGGUAGCCACGAGCUUUUAUGUUUACGAACGUGGAAAAUGGAUGUUGGGAAUCUGAGCAAUGCCUUAGGGAAAUCAAGCAUCACGGAGUCUCUUGACUGGAUUACCGCCAGAGAGCGCUCCGCACGGCUUGACGGCUUACACCAGCGGCGAACUUCCAGGUUCA